AUGGACGAGGCCGAGGAGCUGGACGAGGAGUCGGACGAAGGCGAGAGCGAAGAGGAGGAAGAGGUGCAAGAAAAGGUCACCAAGGCCAAGGACAACAAGAAGGGUGGCCGCAACGUGUCGCAGGCAUCGGCGCUCGAGGCAAGCAGCGCGGCAUACACCGGAGGCACCUUCAAGAGCAACAUGUUCAAGCUGCAGGUCGACCAGAUGCUGCAGAACAUGCGCCCGCGACAGGGCGCGAGAGAGGCAGCUGCUGGCGAAGCGCUGCACAGCAUCAAGAAGCAGAUCGACUCGAUGCCCACGCGAGAGCCGCUGCCGCUGCUCGACGCCGAACGCGACAUGAUCAAGAAGUCAAAGGUCGCCAUCCCCUUCCCCGAGCCGCGGCCUGCGCACGACGUCAAGUACAAGCUGGCCUACGAGAAGCCGCAGAACAUCAACGUCGUCGGCAGCUUCCCGCUCAAGCUGUCUCUGCGUGACCGCCACGCUCCGCUGUCCAUCGACAUGCUCGUCACCAUGCCCAAGUCGCUGUUCCAGGAAAAGGACUACCUGAACCACCGCUACUUCUACAAGCGUGCCUUCUACCUCGCCUGUAUCGCCGCUGCCCUCAAGUCUUCGCUCAAGGAUCUUGUCUUCCAAUUCGUCAACUUCCGCAACAACCCUUUGCAUCCCGUGCUCCUGGUCCAGCCAAAAGAGUCGACUUCCGAGAACAACUGGCGCAUCAACAUCAUCCCUGGUAUUCCCGAGGGCACUUUUGCCGACAACAAGCUCUUGCCCAACAAGAACUGUGUGCGCCCCUCUCAGUCCGGCGACGACGAACAGACCCAAGACCUCGCCCCGACCCCCUUCUACAACGCUGCCAUCCAAGCCGACAGCCACAUCACAUCAUAUCUGAAGUUGCUUCACGCUUCUUCCACCUCGUGUGAGGGCUACACAGACGCUUGUAUGCUGGGUCGUGUCUGGCUUAGACAGCGUGGUCUUGCUUCCGACACAAACAAGGGCGGCUUCGGCAACUUUGAAUGGGCUGCCACCAUGGCAAACUUGCUCAGGACUGGUGCCGGCUCUGGAAAGCCCGUCUUGUCCAGUGGCUACAGCAGCUACCAACUCUUCAAGGCCACUCUUCAGUAUCUCGCUGUGAAGGAUCUCGCCAAGGAGCCUGCCCUGCUUGAUGCUGCCGGUGUCACUCUCGCUACCGAGAACGGCCAGCCGAUCCUCUACGACGGCCCUCGCGCUCAGAACAUCCUUUACAAGAUGACAAACUGGUCUUACCAACACCUCCGCGCCGAAGCCCGCACCACCCUCAAAAUGCUGGGAGACAAUCUCUUUGACCAAUUCGACUCUGCCUUCAUCCUCCGUUCUGACAACAUCCUGAAGAGAUACGACUUGGCCGUCCGUGUUCCUUGCUCAGCACUGACCUCCGAAAUCACCGAGGAUCGUCAAUUGCUCGAGAGAUAUGCAAAGCUUCACGCCGUCGUCAGUAAAGGUCUCGGUGAUCGUGCUACCCAAGUUGUCAUCCAAUCUCCUGACCACGAGUCCUGGGCACUCGGAUCUGCAAGACCCCAGAUGGAGCGUAAGGGUGAGCUUCUGGUCGCCGUCAACCUCGACGCUACCAACGCUGCUCGUGCCGUUGACCAUGGUCCUGCUGCCGAGCAAAAGAAGGAGGCUGCCGCUUUCCGCAAGUUCUGGGGUGAGAAGGCUGAGCUGCGUAGAUUCAGGGAUGGAAGUAUCUUGGAAAGUUUGGUGUGGGCCACCAACGCUGGAAUGUCCAUCAUCCAGCAGAUCCUCACAUUCCUGCUGUAUCGACACUUUGGACAAGAAGCGGCUGCUAGUGCCGUCUUCUCCGGGGAUGAAUGCGCUCGUCUUAUCAAGCAGAGCAACGGGCUUGUUGCCUUCCAACCCUUGAUGGAGGCUUUCAAGACGUUGGAAAGUGAUAUUCGUGGCAUGGAUGAUUUGCCUCUCACCAUUCGUUCUAUCCUAGCGUCUGACUCACAGCUCCGUUACUCCUCGAUCGAGCCACCACUGUCGUCUCAGCGUCAGAUGAAGCGUCCGGCUGGUGUUGUUCUCCAAUUCGAGGGAUCAGGUCGCUGGCCGGACGAUCUCGUUGCUAUUCAACGUACCAAGAUUGCUUUCCUCCUCAAAAUUGGUGAGCUUUUCGGGACAUCACAGGAGGAUGUCACACAUCGCAUUGGCUUGGAGAACGAAGGAGAGGAUAUCUUGAACCAGGCUUUCUUGGAUGUCAUCUACCCUACUGGCUUCUCUUUCCGCAUUCGCAUCCACCACGACAGAGAACAGACUCUAAUCGAACGCGUUCUCAAAUCGCAAUCUGCUGCACCUAGCGAGAAAGAGACUGCAGCCGUCGCACUUGCUACCUACAAGCGCGUGUUUAUCAAGUCGCCUACUCAUACUCAGGCCUUGCAAAAGUUGUGCACGAGGUACCCCGUUCUCUCUCCAACUGUUCGCUUGAUGAAGAAGUGGUUUUCGGAGCACUUGUUGAGCAAUCACUUUUCUGAGGAGGUCAUCGAGCUCUUUGCGAUUCAUACUUUUACCCGUCCAUGGCCGUACAACACCCCUUCAUCGACACAAGCUGCAUUCUUGCGCACCCUAUCCUUCCUCUCUCGUUUCGAUUGGCGCGCUGAUCCUUUAAUCGUGGACCUUGGUGGUGAUCUCAAUACCGACAACGUCGCAGCAGCAACAACACGCUUUGAGGCAUGGCGUAAAUUGGACCCGGCGCUCAACCGUGUUGUUCUCUUCGUCGCCAGCAGUGAUGACCUCGAAGGCACGACCUGGACGGACGGCACUCCUGCAAAGGUUGUUUGUGGCCGUAUGACUGCACUCGCAAAGGCCGCAACAGCUGAAGUCGAGGCCAAGUCGUUGUCGCUGGAUGUAGAGACACUCUUUGUCUCCCCUCUCGGCGACUAUGAUUUCGUCAUUCACCUGAAUCCCACGAGUGCAAAGUCCAAGGCUGCAAGUGGAAAGUACAAGAACCUUGCCAUCGCCGAGGAGACUAAUGCGGACCUCGUCGACUAUUCACCAACGGAUGCUUUCUUCCAAGAAUUGCAAAACGUGUAUGGUCAGUCAUUGGCCUUGUUCUAUGGCGGGCCUGGUAGCACUACCAUUGCUGGUCUGUGGAGUCCUGUCACUGCUGCUAGAGCUUGGAAGGUAAAUCUUUCGUACUCUACUGUGCCAGUCAAGAAGGGCGAGGAGGUUAUUGCAGAGAUUAACAAGACUGCCGUGUUGGCUGAAAUGGCUAGAUUAGGUGGCGGAUUGGUCAGGAAGAUUGAAGCGAAUCGAUAG